CGUGCGUUUAUCUCAAGUCGUACGGAUCGAUCAGUUAAAUUUUUGUCGCUAUUACAUUGUGUCUGAUGGUAACAGCGAGAUACGAAUCUCGGAUCUAAGUGAAAGAUUGCUACUAUACGAUGUUUAUGGUGUAUACAUAGUGAAUUUCCCCUGUUCUGUGCAACACGUGACGCGUAGACCGUAAAGCACGAUUGGCGUCGCGUGCUCUUAAAUUUAGAAAAUAUGGACACAUCGGAAUUCGUAGAAUUUGCCAAAGCGACUAUAGACUACGUUGCGGAUUAUAAUGAUUCUGUGAGAAGCAGAAACGUAUUGCCGGAUGUGGAGCCGGGUUAUCUCAGUAAGUUACUGCCAAAAGAAGCACCGCAAAAAUCCGAAAAAUGGCAGGAAGUGCUCGAAGAUGUGGAAAAAUAUAUUAUGCCAGGGGUGACACAUUGGAGCUCGCCUUACUUUCACGCAUAUUUUCCAUCGGGUAAUUCUUUUCCGGCUCUCGUCGCUGAUAUUAUAAGCUGCGCGAUUGGAUGUAUCGGUUUCAGCUGGGUAGCAUCUCCAGCUUGCACCGAGCUCGAAGUCAUUACGUGCAAUUGGCUUGGGCAGAUGUUAGGGCUUCCUAGCGAGUUUUUGCAUAGUAGCAAUGGAACAGGUGGAGGAGUCAUCCAGGGGUCUGCCAGUGAAUGUACAUUCAUAUGUCUACUAGCUGCGAAAGAACGCACAGUGCGUCGAAUGAAACAACUUCAUCCAGAAUUAGAUGAGGAUCACAUCAGAGCCAAACUAGUCGCAUAUACUUCCAAUCAAUCUAAUUCUUCAGUGGAGAAGGCAGGAAUUCUAGGAUCAAUGCCAAUGAGAUUGCUACCAGUGGAUGAUAAGUGCUCUCUGCGCGGAGAAACUUUAAAGAAAGCAAUGCAGGAAGAUAUAGAAAAAGGCCUUAUACCGUGUUAUGUCGUCGCUACUUUAGGAACUACUAGCACCUGUGCCUUCGACAAUAUGGACGAGCUAGGACUAAUAUGCAAAGAAUAUGAUAUGUGGUUGCACGUUGAUGCAGCUUACGCGGGUGCAGCAUUUAUUUGUCCGGAAUUUCGAUAUUUGAUGUCCGGCAUUCAGUACGUGGAUUCUUUUAAUGUAAACGCACACAAAUGGUUGCUUACGAAUUUUGAUGCUUCGGUAAUGUGGGUUAAAGACUCGAGACGACUUGUAGAAACGUUCAGUGUUAACAGAAUAUAUCUUUCACACGAUAAAGAAGGAUUGGUACCGGAUUACAGAAAUUGGCAGAUACCGUUAGGCCGACGUUUUCGUUCUUUAAAAUUGUGGUUUGUCAUGCGCAUUUAUGGAGUACAAGGUCUUCAAGAGUAUAUUAGAAAUAACAUAAAACUAGCGCAUCUUUUCGAAACAUACGUCAGGUCGGAUGAUAGGUUCGAAAUAACUACUGAAGUCAUUUUGGGUCUUGUCUGUUUUCGUAUCAAGGGUGAUAACAGUUUAACAAAGGAACUCUUAGAUCGUCUGCAGGCUAGGAAAAAAGUUUAUCUCAUCGCCGGCAUGUAUCAUCAAAAACUUGUUGCUAGAUUCGUCAUUUGCAGCCGAUUAUGUCGGGAAGAAGACAUUGCUAUUUCAUGGAAUGAAAUAUGCAGUCAAACGACAGAAAUUUUGCGAACAAAACUUAAUAUAGAAUCGAUUAAAAAUGGCACGGACGAUAUUGCGACAAGAAUAGAAAGUUUGAACUUAGAGUCAAAGAAAAAUAUACAGAAAAUAUCGUAACUGAUCUUUCCUCUGUAAAGUUUCGCGUUCGACUAAUUACAUUAUAUAUUAUUAUUUUUUAUGGCUUU